CCUUAGACCACACAGACUGUACUCAACCUCAAACAGUAGUUGUACGAGUAGGAAAUGCGAUUGACCCAACAUGACGAGUGACGAUCAGCAGUUUCUUGAUUUGCUUGCGUCCAUACCGCAGGACAUGGCGGCUUACGGUAGUCGCAUUGCAGAUUACAUUGAGAAGCACACCAAUGCCAUAGCCUCCGACAUCCGCGACGCAAUUGACAAUGCAGAUUGGAUACCCGACUCUCUGCGACCUCCGCGGCAGCCUGUCAACGGACCUGCGUAUUUCCCACGGACUCCCUCGCCUCCGCAGGGUCUCCUCGACAAGACCACAGCGUGGAUCUCGAGGAAUCGUACCAUCAUUGCUGUCUGUGUCGCCUUCACAGGCACGACCCUGUUCAUGAUACACAGAAGGAAGAAGGCCCAUGCUAGGAAGAGAAGGGCGAAAAAAUUGCCCAACGGCGGGAAGAAAGAGAUCGUGGUUCUGGCGUGCUCGACGUUCCACGACGCUCUGACACGCUCUCUGGCCCUUGAUCUUGAAAGGCGAGGUUACGUGGUGUACGUCACCGUCUCGUCGACAGAAGAAGACUCCUUGGUCCACCAAGAAGCAAAGCCGGAUCUGCGUCCGUUGUGGAUCGACCUGACGUCCACCGUUCCAAACCCAGCGGUCGACGUGCACCCCAACCUUGAACCGAUUCGAGAAUUGCUCUCACAUCCCGUCCAAACGCAGAAUCACAUGAGCCUCGCGGGCAUCGUCAUCUUUCCCGGCUGCUCUGGUUACGCCGAAGGACCCCUUGCCCUCCUGCCACCGAGCGACAUUGUCGACAACAUCAAUACCCGGCUGGUCGCUCCGGUCCUCACCGUCCAGCAGUUCCUCCCGCUCCUCGCGAGUCACAGCGUCGACCCAAGGUCCCCCGCCUCCAUUGUCAUCGCUUAUCCCUCGAUACCCAACUCCUUGUCACCGCCCCGUCAGAUCCCAGAGUGCCUGGUGACGUCUUCGCUUUCUGCCCUCGCGUCCUCCUUGAAGAGGGAGGUGAAGGCAGCCAAAGCCAACAUCACUGUUUCUGAACUCAAGCUGGGUAACUUUGACAUGGGUUCCGUCGCCUCAUCUCGGACGACGCCCACGCAGUCCGCGUACUACCCCGCCUCCGGCACUUCCGGAACAUCUUCGGCCUUGACGCCGUGGCACUCGUCCCAGCGUGCAGCCUUGCAACGCAAAACACUCGGCCAGCGCAGUUUCAUUCGUGGCUCGUCUGCCCGGGAGUUUCACAACGCCGUCUUUGACGCCCUCGCGCCGCCGCAGACGUUCAAAGCCUUUGGCCGGUUCGAAUGGACGGCUACGCGGAGGCCCGGGGUGGUCUUCGUGGGGACCGGUGCCAGGAUCUACGACGUUGUCGGCCGCAUGAUGCCGGACGGUCUCGUCGCUUUCAUGAUGGGCCACCGAAGGCGUGAAGACGACGAGAUUGACGUGCGACAGGCAAGGGUACGCCAUUUUGCACAACACGACCACGGAGACAGGGACAGCUCUGCCGGAAGUGCUGAGCAGCGUGGUCCCGCUGCGUCGACGGUCUGGGGCUUUGGUUCGGCGGGCAGUGAAAGUGGCAUCUGGGAAAAGGUUUGACGAUGGAUGAUUAUUAUUUUUUACAUUUUAAUGACUUGUACGUAUGAAGAUUCUACUCAAUCAAUUGCACCACUUUUACUUUCUGAACAAUUACGCAUGCGAACACAUCAGAGAUCUGCACACAGUGAG